CUCCCUCCCUGCCCAGCUUCCAGCUCUUCUCCGUCUUGUGUCCCUCUCUUCCUAUCUCUGUCAGCUCAGCUCAGUAGUUUAGCAGGCCAGCACGGAGAGACGAGGGCUGCUCCCUUUCGCCCCUUCUCAGUCUGCUUAGCACACCAACACCAUACAUUCCGCACCAUGGCUGCCACGGACGUUGACGUAUUUUCGAAUGAAGAGAAGCGUAACCUGAGCUUGGGCGGCCAUGUUGGAUUUGACAGCCUCCCUGACCAACUGGUCAGUAAAUCGGUCACACAGGGAUUUUGUUUUAACAUUCUCUGCGUAGGGGAGACUGGUAUCGGCAAGUCAACGUUAAUGAACACGCUCUUCAACACCAUGUUUGAGAACGAAGAGGCGAGCCAUUACCAGAACGGCGUGUACCUGCGGCCGAGAACAUACGACCUGCAAGAAAGCAACGUCCACCUCAAACUGACCAUUGUCGACACUGUUGGCUUCGGUGAUCAGAUCAACAAAGAGGAUAGUUACAAGCCCAUCGUUGACUACAUUGACACCCAGUUUGAAAACUAUCUACAGGAAGAGCUGAAGAUCAAACGCUCGCUGUUUAAUUACCACGACACCAGGAUCCACAUCUGCCUUUAUUUCAUCGCCCCGACAGGACACUCACUCAAGUCUCUGGACCUCGUCACUAUGAAAAAACUGGACAGCAAGGUCAAUAUAAUUCCCAUCAUUGCCAAAGCGGACACAAUCUCCAAGAGUGAGCUCCAUAAGUUCAAAAUAAAGAUUAUGAGUGAGCUGGUGAGCAACGGCGUCCAGAUAUAUCAGUUCCCGACAGACGAUGAAGCAGUCAGUGAGAUCAACGCCUCCAUGAAUGCCCAUCUGCCUUUUGCUGUGGUUGGGAGCGUGGAAGAGGUCAAAGUGGGCAACAAAACAGUGAGGGCCAGACAGUACCCCUGGGGUGUCGUGCAAGUCGAGAACGAGAGCCACUGCGACUUCGUAAAACUCCGAGAGAUGCUGAUCAGAGUCAACAUGGAGGAUCUGAGGGAGCAGACCCACGCCCGCCACUACGAGCUGUACCGACGCUGUAAGCUGGAGGAGAUGGGCUUCAAAGAUACAGAUCCCGACAGCCAGCCAUUCAGUCUUCAAGAGACAUAUGAGGCCAAAAGAAAAGAGUUCUUGGGGGACCUGCAGCGUAAAGAGGAAGAAAUGCGGCAAAUGUUUGUCAACAAAGUAAAAGAGACGGAAGCAGAGCUGAAAGAAAAAGAGAGAGAGCUGCAUGACAAGUUCGAGCAGCUGAAGCGGAUGCACCAGGAGGAGAAGAGGAAAGUGGAGGAGAAGCGGAGAGAUCUAGAGGAGGAGAUGAACGCCUUCAACAGGAAGAAGGUGGCAGCCGAGACGCUCUCCUUAUCUCAGCCCCUCAAGAAAGACAAGGACAAGAAAAAUUAAUUUAUGGGCGCUGUACACCCCUCCCACACACGACCAUGGAUUUGUCCUCCAUCACCAUAGCAACGACAACACCUGUUUAUUUUUGUUUCGUUUGUUUGUUUGUUUGUUUUUGUUUUGUUCUGACAUUCCAUCUUGGCAUUGUGCACAUGGACCAAAGACACUGAGGAUGAUGAUGAUGAUGAAGCCACAGGGGGAGAAAAGAGUGAAAGAUGGUGAGAGAUAAUGAGGAAAAAUGUUCACUUUGCCAACAGUGGCCAUCUCAUUUAUUCAGGAUCUUUCAUUCUAUGUUUUUUUUUUCUUUGGACACUUUUUAUAUAUAUAUAUGCAUUAUAUUUUUUCUGUGUUGUGAUUUAAAGAUUUUCUGUUGGUUUUUUUUUUUGUGUUUUGUCAUCCACUAUUCACACAGAAAUGACAGGUUCAAACCCAAUGAUGAACAUUCACCUUUGGUACUACAGUGUAUCGCACCGUGGGGCAACACAAAAACUGUUUGAAACUGUUCAAAAAAUUUUUAAAAAAUGGGGGUGCGCUUGAUUUCAGAUAUCAGUGAAAUGAAACCGCUCCUAAAGUUUUUCAAAUACUUGAGCAGUUUGAAGUGUUUACUGUUGUCCAGGUGUGUCUGUUAACCUUUUUAUAACCAAGAGAAGCCCAAAUAAUACUUUUAAAUAACAAUAAAACUGAGUACCUGUAUACUGUAUAUAUUACUGCAUAUACAUAGGUACUGACAACCUAAAACCUAGUCUUAAGUCUUAGUAAAAACUUAUGCAAUAUUCUGGUGCUGUUUCAUAUUAACGCAGUAAAUGUAUGUGAAUAUUUUUAGAGCUUACCCAGCCUAAUAUGCAAAAUGUACUAGUUUUUUGAUUAUGAUAUUAUUGUAAGAAGCACAUAUGACUGUGUACAUUGUCCAUAAGUGAUGUAUUGGUAACUUUAUUGUAAACCAUGAGAGAUCGCCUUGUUGUGAGUGUUGUGACAGUGGACACACACGAUCAUGAAGCCAGUAUACACACACACACAAACAGAGGAUUCAGGAAAACAUAAAAGCCUCAGCUCGCUGUAGAAGAGUUUACACUCAGAGAUGGAAAAGAGAGCAGCUGUAUUUACUGUCUGUCGUUGGAAAUAAAUGCAAACCCAGCCCCCAAAC